AUGCCGCAGAACAUGUUCAUCGAUGCCUGCAAGGACAUAUCCCGGAUGCCGCCGCGCUGCUGCAACCAAAUACCGAUACAUCACAUCCGCCCGUACCUGUCGGUCGACGAGAUAAGCCUGUUCAAGUCCAAGUAUGAAGAGUGGGGAACGCCGAAUCCUUUCUACUGCCCAGUCGCACGAUGCUCCACUUUCAUACCCAACUACUUGCUUCCGCAAGCAAGAACAAACAGCAAAGGCAAGCAGCGGGUAGACUCUGGGAUCGGUACACCUACCAAACCUACAGUAGCGUGCCCCAAGUGCGAAGUCGAUAUCUGCACGAAUUGCAGGAGCCUAACACACGACGGGGUAUGUGGCAUCUUCGACUUUGGAGUGGACAAGGAGACGGCAGAUCUGAUACAAAAGUGGGGAUACAGGAAGUGUCCGAAGUGUGGACAAGGGGUGAAGCGCAUGUAUGGAUGCAAUCACAUGGAGUGCCGAUGCGGAGCGCACUUCUGCUGGGGAUGCAUGCAAGGGAAGGAUAACUGUAUAGGAGAGUGUGACGAUGAUGAAGAGGAGGAUUACUCAGAAUAUGAGCCCGACGAGGAAGAAGAUGAAGAAUUUGAAAAAGAGACUGCACCAAUGGUACCGGCACCUCCAGCCUCGAAUCUCGCACAUGUGUUCCCUCACAUGUCACAAAUUGAAGAGCCUACAGAGCCAUCGGCGCCAACGACAUCCCAACCGCCUGACGACACCGCGACAGACCCGACAGUCUCCACUCCGCGAGUUAGAAACUUAGACGGAGGAUCCGGGCGCUACUGGGAAGAGCAAGACUUCGACUUUGGCGAGGAGCCAACAGACGAUUUUCAGGACCGAUCAUGGGACUGCUACCACGACUUUGGCACUGCGAAGAUCGAAUUCAAAGCCGCCUUCAGGAAUGACGCAUCUGUCAAUCAGAUGGAAUGCAUGAAAUGCUGGGCUACCGUGCACCCAGAAGUGAAGAUGCCAGCUAACGUCCGCGCCGGGGAGAACAAGAUCACUACCGCCGUCGCGACUGCCAGCCGCGGAAUACGCAUACCUUCUAGAAGACGUACGGGACAUGCACAGCACGCUCGGAGACGCGCUACGGGCUCUCUCCGCGGUACCCGGUCAAUGGAGACUUUCGAAGCCACGGCUUCACCCCUGAGCAGCUCGCCCGCUUCCUUCUCGAGCUUGAUGCUAUAUCGCGGUUCAAUACCAGGUGAAUCUCAAGAAUCCCUCGAAGGAAGCUCUUCAGCGCGCGUGGUCGAUCUGUACGGCAACACCAUCGCCACGGCGAACAAGGCAAAGGAUGGCAAUGCAGAUGAGCACAUGCCUGACUGGAACCAAGUAGACGAGGGCAAGAGCGGGCUCAGCUUCGCAACGGACAGCACACCUUUCAGCUUCGCCUACGAGUGCUACGAUUGCGGCCUGCUCGUCUGCCAUCGGUGCAAAGACACUCUCGAAGGCCAUCAUGUGGGUGUAGAUGUAGAGGGGGACAAGACUGAGGAUGAACACAAAGGCGAUGAGGACACUUGCAACGUAGCUGACAAUGGAGAAUAG